AUGGUUAGAGCGGUGGACGGCGAUCCCGUUGCGGGCCUUUGCUCCGUGGGCGCCACGAACGACGCAAACCUCACCUUCCAUGUCCUGCUUCCCCUCGUCAUCUACACCAUAAUUGGGACCUUCUUCCUUUUCGCCGGCUUCGUCGCACUUUGCCGAAUCCGAAGUGUAAUCAAAUUCCAAAUACCCAUCGGUGUCCGCACUGACAGGCUGGAAAAGUUAAUGAUCAAACUCGGAAUUUUUGGUCUACUCUAUACGGUGCCGGCGGUCGUAGUGAUUGCAUGCCUCUCCUACGAACUGCAACAACGGUCGCUCUGGCAGCUUGGCGUCGCGUGUAGUUGUCAGUUUAAGCAAUCCGCAGACAUUCCAGGUGAUCAGUUGGUCAAAGAAUUGCCCCCUUGGCAACCGCCGGCACCUGAGUACGCCAUCUUCAUGCUGAAGUAUUUCAUGUCCCUUAUUGUUGGUAUUACCUCUGGCUUUUGGAUCUGGUCUGGCAAGACAUUGGCGUCGUGGCGUCGAGUUUGUCUAAGUUUCUACGCCAGAGACACAGCCGCCUACGCGCAAAACAGUUCCCGCUACCGGCCUACAGGCAAGUCCUUCCUUCCCGCGCCGUGUCAGAAUCAUGUAACUCCUGGUCCACAGACUGUUCAAUCACCUUCGCAGUACUCCAUCAACAAAGUGACGCAUUCCAGCUCCGGUAGAAUUCAGCCACAGAGCUUCAAUCUUCCUUCUAGUGGGGGCCAACAGUCCAAUAUCCAUGCUCCGUCCGUGCCCGCUGUUACGACUUCCGGCACCAAUAUAUACACCGCCAGGCCGACCAGAGAGUGCUUCGACGUUUUUGGAGCUAAGAGUUUCGAUAUUGAGCCCAACCAGCAGAUGUACUAUACUCAGACUCCCCUCGUCGAUGCCUCUGUCAGACCACUGACCCAGUCUGUAGGACACCUACCUCCAGGGGGUCUCACACCGAGUAACAGUCAAGGUUCAACGGCCCUCACAAAAUUCACUCACGGAUCUAGCAGCGGAAUUGGUAGCCUCAGCCUGGUGAGCAGCUACGCUUGUCCGACAGCCACCAGUCCAUCUCGGGCUGGCAAUGGAAAGAAACCAGAUGGCGCCAAUGACUGUGAUCUACAAUUAAGGAUGCGGGGAAGUGACAGCUUCCCGAAACCUUCCUACGUCUCCUCCGAGGCCGCCUUUCCCCCGACAUUCUCCGAUAUUUUGCAGGUGCCGAACUUCCCAGGACCAAUAGGAGCAAUUCCAAACUUCCAGUACAAUAGUUCCUCUGCCCCAACGAGUAAUAGUAAUACCACCAUCACUGCAGGCAUACCUAAUAAUAGUAGUGGUAGUAGUUGCAUGAGUAAGCCAAGUAGUGGAGAGCCGAUGUUUACCAAUCCUGUCCCCGUCGAUGUCAUGUUCAAUGGUCGCAUGAACCCAGGCUCCUUAUUUUAG